GAAAAAAACAACAAAAAAAAAAAGAGAAGUGACGAAUGCGCAACUGAAUGAAAAGUGACUGGAUGCCUUGGUUGCAAGACCAGACCAGACGAACUGAACAAUGAAUAUAUAAUCACACCCACCCACCUUCCCUUUCUCCAACCGUGAUUCAUCCAUCCUUUCUAUCCUCACCAUCAAAUCAUCAACAAACAUCCAUCUUCAAGAGAAAGACUUCGACGAUACGAAGCAUCAUAUUUAUCACCCUGCAACAACCCACCUCCAAACAACCCUAAAACCAUCGAUCAAAACAAAGAACCAGAAAACCUACACUACACCAUCAAAAAUGGGCGCCGUCGUAUCUUGCAUCCAAAGCGUCUUCCGCACCAUCGGCCGCGCCAUCAUGGGCGUCGUCAACGGCAUCGGCUCCAUCCUCAUGGCCAUCAUCAACGGCGUCAUUGGCGUGAUUGACGUGAUUGUCGGCUUUUUGACGUGCAACUACUGCGGCAGUCGUCGGGGUCGCAUGAGGAGGCGGAGCGGUGGGAUGGGACGCAGGAGACAUGCGGGGGGUACUGCGGCUAUUUAAGUCUCUGACUCCUCGAGUCGGGCGAGUCGUGCGUGGUAGGGAAUUGGAACUUGGCGGGAGAAGGAGAGAAGGGGGAAGAUAAUGGAGGAGAGGAGAUGAUGGAGGAGACGGAUGAUACCCAGUCGUUGAGAUUUGAAAAGAGCAUGCGGUUAAUGGUUUUCUUUUUGUUUCUUACGAAUAUGUUUUAUGGCGACGGCGACAGCGACGGCGAUGAAGCAAAUUAAUGCGGUAAUGAGUUAUGGAGGUUAUACGAUAGUACGAGAUGACAGAGAUACCCUAUACAUACCCCCUUUACGCUUUGCAUUCGGUUCAUGAUAUCUUGGUGGAUGGAGGAGAUUGGUAGUGUUAGGAAUGCA